CACACCUUGAGAAGCGCUGCACUACACCUCAAAAUAAAAAGACACUGGAAUAUUUCAAAUACGAUUAAUUAGAGACAAACAACAUAGUAGAAAAUGUUCCUGAUCAAAGCCAGUUGUUAUGCGGGCUUGCUCCUGACACUUUUGAGCUUAAAUGCUAAUGCCCAGUUUGAUCCUCACUAUGUACCGGGAAGGACUACAAUGGUACAUCUCUUUGAAUGGAAGUGGGGCGACAUUGCUACUGAAUGUGAAAAUUUCCUAGGCCCCAAAGGCUAUGGUGGCGUUCAGGUUUCACCAGUUAAUGAAAAUGUAGUUAUCGGAAACCGUCCUUGGUGGGAGCGCUAUCAACCUAUCUCCUAUCUUUUGGCCACGCGUUCGGGUAAUGAGGAACAAUUUGCUAGCAUGGUUAAGCGCUGUAACAACGCUGGUGUGCGAAUAUAUGUUGAUGUCGUCUUCAACCAUAUGUCCGGCGAUAACGCCAACGCUCGAGGAACUGGUGGCUCCGCCGCUGAUCCUAGCAGCAAGAGCUUCCCGGCUGUUCCCUAUUCCAACAAUGACUUCCACAAGUCUUGUGGCAUCAACAACUAUAACGAUGCGACUCAAGUACGUAAUUGCGAACUUUCUGGCUUGAAGGAUUUGGAUCAGAGCAAAUUAUGGGUUCAAGAUCGCGUUGUUGACUUCCUUAACAAACUCAUAAGUUUGGGUGUUGCUGGUUUCCGUGUGGAUGCAGCCAAACAUAUGUGGCCAACUGAUUUAAAGAUAAUCUAUGGCCGUGUUAACAAUUUAAGUAUCUCUCACGGCUUCGCGCCAGAUACGCGCCCUUUUAUUUUCCAAGAAGUCAUAGACUUGGGUGGAGAGGCCGUUUCCAAGAAGGAGUACACGUCUAUGGGUGUGGUUACAGAAUUUUCUCACUCCAACUCGAUUGGUAAAGUCUUCCGUGGCAAGGAUCAACUACGUUGGCUUAUCAAUUGGGGUCCCCAGUGGGGUUUCCUCAAUUCCGACCGUGCAUUAGUUUUCGUGGAUAACCAUGACAAUCAACGUGGUCACGGCGCUGGCGGUGCUGAUAUCCUCAACUACAAAACAGCGAAGCAAUACAAAAUGGCCGUUGCCUUCAUGUUGGCUCAUCCAUUUGGUAUCACACGUGUCAUGUCUUCAUUCGCCUUCGACAACACCGAUCACGGACCACCGACCACUGAUGGAAACACCAUUGCCAGCCCAAUUUUUAAUGCGGAUAAUUCUUGCGGUGGCGGUUGGGUUUGUGAGCACCGUUGGCGUCAAAUUUCCAACAUGGUUGGCUUCAGGAACGUCGUCGCGGGCACAUAUGUGCAAGACUGGUGGGAUAAUGGCAGCAACCAGAUCGCUUUCUGUCGCGGCAACAAAGGUUUCGUGGCUUUCAAUGGCGACUCAUUCAAUUUGAACACCUCUGUUCAGACCUGCUUACCAGCUGGUACAUAUUGCGAUAUUAUAUCUGGGGACAAAUCUGGCUCGCUCUGCUCAGGAAAGAGUGUUGAGGUCGGUUUUGAUGGUCGUGCCAUUAUAUCUAUCGACAGUAAUGAAGAAGAUGGUGUUUUUGCCAUACAUAUUGAUUCCAAAUUGUAAAUUCCUAACAAAUGGAAGAAAUAUGAAUAUACUUACAUAUAUCUGCAUAUA